AUGGCGCGCAAGCACACUCACAUCGACGCCAACCUCUGGAUCCAGACACCGCUGAUUGAAUCUCGCGCUCUAUCAGAGGCGGCAGGAUGCACAGUGUACCUGAAACUCGACAAUCUCCAGCCGUCGGGAUCGUUCAAGUCGCGAGGAAUAGGCAACUAUAUUAGGCGUCGAGUGCAAGAAGCGGAAGCAGAAGCAGAAGCAGAAGAUGAGGGUAAUAAUGAUCAGAGGAAGGAUCAGAGGAAGAGGAAGAGAAUCCACUUCUACGCCGCUUCUGGGGGCAAUGCCGGGAUUGCCUGUGUCCACGCCGCCCGACAACUAGGCUACGGCGCGACGGUGGUGGUGCCGACGACGGCCAAGGCGGCGAUGGUGGCCAAGAUCCAAGCGAUGGGAGCUUCGGCGGUGAUACAGCACGGCGCCAACAUUAUGGAAGCGGACCGGUUUCUCCGGGAAGAGGUGUUGGCGUCCAAAGAUGCAGAUGAGCACGGUAUUUACGUGCCGCCAUUCGACCACCUCGACGUCUGGGACGGCAACGCCACCGUGAUGCAAGAGAUCGCCAGCCAACUGGACGACAGGCCGCCAGACGUGGUUCUGUGCAGCGUGGGCGGCGGCGGCCUUCUAAACGGCAUCAUGCAAGAACUCGACCGACGCGACUGGGGCAACCGCGUACACGUCGUGGCCAUGGAGACCGACGGAGCCGACUCGCUGAACCGGUCGAUCCGGGCCGGCCAGCUGGUCACGUUGGAUCGCAUCACGUCGCAGGCGUUGAGUCUGGGCGUGUCGCGCGUGUCGGCGAAGACGUUCCAGUUGGCCCAACGGCCGAAUGUCAAGAGUCUGGUUCUCGACGACCGAGCCGCCAAAAGGGGCUGUUGCCUUUUGGCCAUGCAUGAGAGGCUGAUGGUCGAACUGACCGUCGGCGUCAACGUCGCUGCCUGUUAUGGCGGCCUGCUGCAGAGUGUUUUGGGGGCCAGCUGUACGGUGACCCCGGAGACUAAGGUCGUCAUCGUCGUGUGUGGUGGGAACGACGUCUCCAUCGAACUGCUGCACUCCUGGUGGCUGGCCUGUGAGGACGAAUUGGCUCUGGCUCUGGCUCCGGCUCCCGUAAGGUCUGAGGGACCUGUCUGUUGUUAG